UUCUCUUCUUUUACGUAAUAAACUAGAAUAGCAGAGACAGAGAGAAACAGAGAUAAGUUAGAAAAUGGGCAGUCACUGCGAGUCUUCUGUCAAGAUUCCACCGAUAAAAUUCACCAAGCUCUUUAUCAAUGGCAACUUUGUGGAUUCUAUUUCAGGGAAAACGUUUGAUACAAUUGAUCCAAGAACAGGGGAGGUGAUAACAAAAGUUUCGCUAGGCGAUAGGGAGGAUGUUGAUUUGGCUGUUAAGGCUGCACGUCAUGCUUUCGACUAUGGCCCCUGGCCUCGCAUGUCCGGCUCUGAGCGAGGAAGGAUGAUGAUGAAGUUGGCAGACUUAAUUGAAGAAAAUGUAGAAGAAAUAGCGGCAUUAGAUGCCGUAAACGGGGGCAAGCUAUUUACUCUUUGCAAGGCCAUCGACAUCCCAGGAGCAGCAAGGACUCUGCGUUACUAUGCGGGUGCAGCCGAUAAAAUUCAUGGAACAGUGUUAAAAAUGUCAAAGGGACUUCAAGGCUACACUCUCAGAGAACCUAUUGGCGUUGUGGGAAGUAUAAUCCCUUGGAAUUUCCCCACUACCAUGUUCUUCAUGAAGGCUGCCCCAGCAUUAGCAGCUGGCUGCACCUUGGUCGUCAAGCCUGCUGAGCAGACUCCUCUGUCAGCCCUUUAUUAUGCUCAUCUUGCUAAGCUGGCUGGUAUCCCUGAUGGAGUGCUCAAUGUAGUGAAUGGAUUCGGAGAGACUGCUGGAGCUGCCAUUAGUGCUCAUAUGGACAUUGAUAAAGUGACUUUCACAGGGUCUACGGAAGUUGGGCGUAAGAUAAUGGCAGCAGCGGCAGCAAGUAAUCUAAAGCCAGUGUCACUGGAGUUGGGAGGCAAAUCGCCUCUCUUAAUAUUUGAUGAUGCUGAUAUUGACCAGGCUGCAGAUAUUGCUUUCAGAGGCAUGUUUUACAACAAAGGAGAAAUUUGUGUGGCGAGUUCUCGUGUUUAUGUUCAAGAAGGUAUUUAUGAAAAACUUGUGAAGAAAUUGGUAGAGAAGGCAAAAGCAACUGUUGUUGGGGACCCUUUCGACCCUCAAGUUAAUCAAGGACCCCAAACUGAUAAGAAGCAAUUCGAGAAAAUUCUAUCUUAUAUUGAGCAUGGAAAGAGAGAAGGAGCUACUUUGCUAACAGGGGGCAAGCAUGUCGGCCAGAAAGGAUACUACAUCGAGCCUACCAUAUUUACUGAUGUUAAUGAAGACAUGAUCAUAACAAAAGAAGAAAUUUUUGGCCCGGUGAUGUCGUUGAUGAAAUUCAAAACAAUGGAAGAAGCAAUCAAGAGAGCAAACAACACAACUUAUGGCCUGGCAUCUGGGAUUAUAACAAAGAACUUGAACGUGGCUAACACCGUAUCGAGAUCAAUCCGUGCCGGCGUGGUUUGGAUCAAUUGUUACACUGCAUUUGACGUGGAUUGCCCCUACGGUGGAUACAAGAUGAGUGGAUUCGGAAGGGAUUUUGGACUGGAUGCCCUUAAUCAGUAUCUUCAAAUCAAGUCUGUCGUAACUCCCAUUCAUGAUUCUCCGUGGCACUAAGCCAUAUUCAUCUAUUACCUGUAACCGGAUCUUAUCCGACAAAACAUAGUUAUUAUAACAGCAUAGUUGUCUUCAAAUCUAUAUCCAUUCGAUUUCAUAGUAAUGUAUUGUUUUCUCAAUUUAAAGCUUAAAUUUUUGGAACA